AUGUCCCUCCACCCUUGUAAGAUUUCGACUUUAACGUUUAUUGAUGAAAUUUAUGUGGUGAAUGCUUCCUUUACAGUAAAAGGAUGUCCUCUUUAUUCGCCCCCUCAAGGCGGUGCCCUGGUGUGCACCCCUCCAAAAGGUACUUAUCAACCUUGUGCAGUCAUGUGUCGCACUGGCACUGACUAUGUGUUCAGCCCACCUCUGGUGUAUUUCUGUAGGCUUUCGUCUGCAAAAUGGGAUUACUUUUCGUUCUUCCAUUUUCGUGCAACUUUACCCUGGCCAAACUGUACCGGUAAGUGCUUUAAAUAACUUUCUCUUUUUCCUUUUGAGUGCUUUGGAUAUAUUUCAAAGGUUUAUUAAUCAUUUAUAAGGCUAUAGGCCAAUAGGAGUGCCCCAUUUUGAUCAGAUGCACAUAAUUAUCUUAAUAUCGUAUUGAAAAAGAGAUCAAUCUCAAAGAUACGUCCUUUUUGUUAACUGAUCAAGAAACUAAUCAAAUAAGUUGAAUUUUUAAGAGCAAAACCUUUAUCAGAAUUAUUUUGAGAAUUUCAAUUCUCGAAAAUUUGUAGUCAACAGCUUUACUCAAACACAAAUUGUUUACCGAACGACGCGUUCAACAAAUGUAACUUAAAUGUGCCAAGUAAACGACAGAAAUCUCAGACCUUCAGUUCCUCUAUAUCGCGGUGUCUGGUUCACCUGACGAAAACUAGCACUGUUUUUUUUUUUUAUCCAGUAGGUCCAUGUCUCCUUCAAUGCGUUCAUCAUGAUCAAUUUCCGCCGUUCAUUCAUUUCUUUGUUUUGUUCAUGCGAUCCAAUAAUGUUUCGAACGUUUCUUCAAAUGGGGCACACUAAACAGUAUUUUUCUCCGCGCGUCAGCAACAAAAACAACACUGUAUACUACCUUUUCGAGUUACAAUUAUGUAUAUUUGUACAUUAAUCUUUUGUGAUAAUAUAAUAAGAAACGGUAAAUGACAAACUGGCAAAAUGUGAGAUGAUAUAAAAGCCAAGUAGACUGCGAGCAGUCUUUUAUUUUUCUUUGUAAAGUUACUGCACGCGAAAUCUAAGCACUCAAGUGGCGAAUUAAGCCGCGAGCAGCAAGAAACGAGGGCGUCUCAAUCCCUUAUUAUAAUAACAACGUCAUGGUUUGCAAUCGCGCUGGAUGAGAUAAGAACUAGACAGAUUUUAGGAGAAAAAGAGGACUGCAAGCAGUCUAAAAGCGAAGAUGCCGCCUAAUUAAAGCAAUGCUGGAUUUGAACGAUCAACUAGAUCCUCUUAGUAUAAGAAGCUUCUCAUUAUUUUUUUCUUGUUUUUUCCUUAAUGCAGCUGGGGGGAAUCCUACUUCGAUAAAGGCGUGGAGCCAGCAAUAUCAUUACUAUGAUGGAGAUGAGCAUGAUCCUAACGUCCAGGCCACCAUCAAAGACAAAUUCCACCAAUUGUUAAUGUUGUCGUUUAUGCGUCCUAUCUUUUGCCAGAGUGACCCCGGUUUAUGCUCGAAGGAUGAACUGUUAGUUUAUCCUGAGAUCAACGGUAAAUCAUAA